UCAGCGUGGUCAACCAUAUUGGAUUCGAAAUAAUGAUCAGUAUGUUGUUAGCGCGCUUUAAAAAUGGUUGAUCCGGCAUAUAGCGAAAUGUCUGUAGCAGAUUCUUCACGAGUUACUGGAGAUAGUGGUUUCAGUGAAUUAUUAAGAUCUGCGGAACAAUUAUCAGCUGCUGUAGAAGGUAGCGAAGAACUUCCACAGGUCGAAAGAAAUUUACGUCAAAUAUUAGAAGCUUCUAACGAGUUAUGGUCACGUGUCGCACAAACUGCAACUCAAGACAAUCAGGUGCAAGCUCACCUACUUUUAGGUUCUCGGGGGGUUGAUCUACCAAUAAUAUCACAAAAAUUAAGCUCACUCAGUGCAAGGUGUACAUUUGAACCAUUGGAUCCUAUCGCUGACACUGACAUCGUUAGCUACCUGAGAAAUGAAAAAGAAAAUGCAAUUCUCUCUAUCAUCGAAGAAGUUCAUAAAGAUACAUUUGAACUUACAAGAGUUCAACAAAUGGAACAUAUAUUGGGUGAAUGGAAACAAAUGCGCUUUGAGAUAAUAAAUGCAAUGACAGCUCCAUCAGGAGAGUUAGUAGAUUUAAGGGGAACUCCACAACGUACCAAAUUGGCUGGAUCAAUGGUUAGUGGUCUCUCUAACGUGGAAGUUGCUUAUGCCAAAGAAUUACAAAAUUACAAUGAACAUGUACUACGUGGUUCAAUAAGACCUAAUUUGUUUAAUACAUUUUGUAAAGCAAGUGAGUCGUUUAACGACAAGAAGGUUACUGAUUUGUGGCAAAUGGUUAAGUUUAUGGUAGAUAUUCCACCAACACCGAGAGGAGAUCAAAUUAAAUCGAGAACUAGUCCUGCUAUUGAACAGAAGAUUGUAUCGUUAGCAAGAAAUUAUCUUGAAAAUCGAUAUAGAGAUUUUAUGAAUUCUGUAAUCAAUGAAAAUUUAGUUCAAGCUAAAAGGGGUGGUAUUCCAGGCACUGUACCUUUGGUAAAAAGCUUUGUUGGUAUUAAAAUACAAAAUUUAAGAGAUCUAGAAGAUGUGGUGGAUGGUAAACCAUUGUGGCCCUUAGUUUAUUUUUGUAUGAGAUGCGGAGAUUUCAAAGCUGCAUUGCAAUGUUUGUCACAAUGCAGUACACAUUACUCAGAAUUUAAAGCUGCUUUGAAAGAAGCGAGCGAGGAUCCACAACGUUAUCCUGGUAAUCGUGCCGAGUCAGUAUUAAGAUUACAUUAUAAAAAGCAUGUUAAAUCUUCGACAGAUGCUUUCAAGAGAGCAGCGCAUAGCGCAUUGGUUCCAUGUGAACCGGAUGACUUGCAUUCCGAAGUAAUAGCAACAGCAGAUGAUUAUUUGUGGCUAAAAUUGUGCCAAGUUAGAGAUCAACCAGAAGUAGAAAAUAAAUUAACUUUGGAUUAUCUCCAAACGACAAUCUCUGAAAUAUAUGGUGAAUCUUAUUAUCAUGCUCAUGAACAGCCAUUCUUAUAUUUCUCCAUGCUUUUCUUAACUGGUCAGUUCGAAGCAGCUAUUGAAUUUUUGGCAAGAGGUGCAGGUGCUCGUCAUUUAGCUCAUGCUGUCCACCUGGCAGCUGCUAUGAAUGAACAUAAUUUGUUAUCUGUUAGUCAAAGCGUUCUAGCUCCGCUUGUAAGCGUUGACCCUUCUGACAAGCCACCUGCUAAAAGAUUAAAUUUUGCAAGAUUGAUAUUGUUGUAUGUUAAGCGAUUUGAAUCCUCAGAUCCUAAAGAAAGUCUGCACUAUCUCUUUUUAUUAAGAUGCAUGAAAGAUCCCUAUGAAAGAAAUAUGUUUGCUGCGUCAGCUGCAGGAAUGGUUGUAGAUGCUUCACCUGAAAAUCGAGGUGUUCUUGUUGGAAAAAUAGAAAAGGAUAGAAGAUUACCAGGAAUUUUAGAUCAGUUCCAAGUUAAUACAGACGACGUUAUAAAUAUAUGUGCAGAAACAUUGUAUAGAAAAGGGCUUCUGGAAGAUGCUAUUACGAUGUAUGAUAUUGCUGGUAAUCAUGAGAAAGUUUUCAGUUUAAUGUGUACACUUUUGGCACAAGUCGUAAGCGAAAGAGGAACACCUGGAUCAUUAAGGACUCGAUUGCAAGCUACUGCCAACGAUAUUGCCUCAAGGUAUCAUGGUAUUGCAAUACAAGCACCAGCUGAAUUGGUUGCUUCUUUUUAUACUUUGCGACAUCUUAUGGUAUUUUUUGAUCAAUAUCACAAUGAUCAAUAUCAGAGUGCACUUAGAACUAUCGCUGAAUCAGAAAUAUUGCCGCUGCACGUCAAAGAUGUGGAUGAAAGGGUAACAGCAUUGCGUCGAGUGUCACCAGAAGUAGCUGGGACACUAACAGAUGUUCUUUUAGCUACUAUGACGAUACUUUAUCGCCAAUAUCAAAAAUUACGAUCUAUGGAACCGGGUGAUGAAAUAGCAAGAGAACAACAAUUUCGUGAUCUUCGACAUCAAGCAAGAGCAUUGACGAGUUUUGCAGGAACACUACCGUAUCGUAUGCCAAACGAAACCAAUAGCAAACUUGUACAAAUGGAAAUUCUUAUGCACUAAUUAAUUUUUUAUAAAGAUAUCAUUAAUUAAAAUAUUAUUAGCUAUUAUUUUCACUUCUCUAAUUAUAAAAACAUUUCAAUGGAAGUAUCGAAAAGGUAAAACCAGCAAAACACGUCCCAAUUAUUUUCUUACGUAUAUGUAGAGUUUUACACUGUAAUAAAUAUGACUUUUGAUAAA